AAAUGUCUUCAAUGAGUGUUGAAUAUGACUACCUCUUCAAACUGCUGCUCAUUGGUGACAGUGGAGUUGGCAAGUCCUGUCUACUACUAAGAUUUGCAGAUGACACUUACACAGAGUCUUACAUAAGCACCAUAGGAGUAGAUUUUAAAAUCCGCACCAUAGACCUCAAUGGCAAGGUGAUCAAACUGCAAAUCUGGGACACAGCUGGGCAAGAACGUUUCCGUACAAUCACCUCUUCAUACUACCGGGGCGCCCACGGCAUCAUUGUGGUUUAUGACACAACUGACCAGGAAUCGUUCAACAACCUAAAGCAGUGGCUGCAGGAGAUCGACCGCCACGCCUGCGAGAAUGUUAACAAGUUGCUGGUGGGCAACAAAUGUGACCUCACCCACAAAAAAGUUGUCGACUACCCAACUGCCAAGGAAUAUGCAGACUCACUGGGCAUCCCUAUCCUGGAGACGUCAGCAAAGAAUGCUACCAACGUGGAGCAGGCAUUCUUGACGAUGGCCGCUGAGAUCAAACAGCGCAUGGGCCCUCCGUCGGGAGCUGCUGCAGCCACCGCCCCUGGCGUCAAGAUCACCUCCGUCCCUGCCGCCGAGAAGAGCGGCUCUGGCAGCUGCUGCUGAGCAUGAAAUCACGUGUGAGGCGAGAGGAUGAGAUGAAGCAACACCGUACCAUGAUGCAUCAUCACCACCACCACCAACAGAUGCACUACUGACAUGACGCACAUCAUGAAUAUCUUCAUCCUGGUCACGCCUCUCAGGCUUGAGUGCUCGCGGUGGCCUGUGAUUCGCUUACUGCGCGGCAAAACUCGCAAAGAUUUGGAUUUAACUUAGUCUCCGUUACGCGUUUUUUUCUGUAAAUGCAUUUCGUGCAGCAGUUUAGUUCUAUACAUUUCUCCAGCCUCGUGUAUUCUUUAGAGAGAAACUUACGGAAGUACUUCUAACCAGGGAAGAUUUUUCGAGUGAAGUUUUUACCAAUGCCGUAUGGGCAAAACUGAGUUGGCUGGAUACCUCCUUGUUGCGAUAAGGUUCAGCUCUACAUUCCAUGAUGUAGAGUGAGAGUUGUGUGGGACGUCGAAUUAAGUGGGAUGCAUACUCAUUGAAACUCUAGCCCAUGCAUGGAAAUUUACGUGACCAGGUUUAGAGGGAUAGCCUUUGUCCGGGUCGCGCCCUGAGAAUGACGCUUCAAUACCGUUAAAUAUUUUUUUUUUGUCGUACCCACAUUUAUCAUGCAAUACAAUUUUAGACAUCAACUUAUUUGCUGAAUAACUUGAGUCAAGAUCGCGAUUUUGAAGCCUGUUUGGCGUUAUAGGUUUAUUUGUGAAAUUUUAUUUUUAUUGUAUUUUAGCCCAACGUAAAACUUGUUCAUUUGAAGUAAUAAUUUAUUUUGGGGAAAUAACCUUUUACCGUUUAAUUGCAAUCCCAGUUAACAUUUACGUCUGGUAGUUAUACAGAAUUUUUGUUCAUUAUUUGCCCUAAAGCUUGCCUGGGACCCUGGCUUGGUAGCAUGACAACGCGACGAAGCUAGUUAAAUUAUUCGGAGCACUUGUACCGAGUGAUUGUCAUUGGGGUAAGUAGUGUCGAGGUCGUGCCAUGGGUUCGACCACAAGCUACAACGAAGGCAGGGUUCUCUUAGCGUUUAUCUCUGUAGUGUUAUUUUGGUUGUUAUUUGUUUUCAUUUCAUCUGAUAACUUAGAGACUCGUUGCUUGAUGUGGCUUCUCUCGCAUAGCCUGCAAUAACCUUUUUAUGUGAAAAGCCUCGAUUUCAGACCAUGCUUAAAUCUUUCUCCAAAUGAACCAUUGUUUUUGGUGCAGAUGUGAGCAUUGGUUGUUCAAUCACUUGCAGAUUGAAUCGUUGUAAGAAAAUGAGCUCAUAAGUUUGUAUAAAAUAAUCACUGGAACAGGAAGGUCCGUGUAGUUGCACGCACACUUUCAUUUCUCUGUGCACAUUUCAGAUACAAUGAUCACUAUCGGGAUAUAAACCUGAUGCGAAACUGGCUCGUCUGCACUGACGGCUUACGUUCUCUUCUGAUGUUCUAAGCUGCGUUUGUAACCUGACAGUCCAUUUGUAUUUAGAGCCUCAUUUGAAAUCUAUCUGGGAUCAAAGAUUGUCCUGAACCCUCCAGGACGGUGUUUUUGCACUUUGCAUUCAAGUUGCCUUCUUAUUUCACUCGUGAAUUGCGUGAGGUGUCAGAGCGUUCUAUCCCUUGAGAGGACGAAGAGAAGUGAGCGUAUUUGACGUCUCCCAUACUCAUGGCCAUAAACACCUCGGCGCCAUUAUGUAUUUGUCUGGUGUUCAUUAUCCCCUGCAUUGACUCAAUAACGCAAUGUUUUGAUACAAUUUUUGGCUUCGUUAUCAUAGGUGACAUUAGCUUGGAACUACUGAUCAAUGUUUUCGGUAACAAACAAGGUGGCUGUUGAUAUCUCCGAGGUUGUAUGUGAACAUUGUGCUUCUGAAGAACCUUCAAAAAUGUUGAAGCGAGGUUUUUAAGUUCAUUGAGAACUGCAAUGUUCACCAACGACUUGCGAGCUGGGACCUGAGGGGUUUUAUUUGUCUAGCAGUCGGUGGUGGAAGCCCGUCUGCCACAUCCCAAAUUCUCUGUUCUCAAACACCCUCAUGAAUAAUCCCAAAUUUAGGAAUAUUUUCUUCUUAUAUGGAACUGUGUUUUGUAGCCGUACGACUAUUUUAUUGCCGUGUUUUUGUUUGCCGAGGAGUGUUGAUAGGUAGGCAGGAUCAUUUUCAUGUCUGGCAUUCCUUAUCGCGUUAUAUCAGUAUUGGUUUAUUGGCCACUCCGCUUUCCAUGAAAUUCUCCCGUCAGUGCGAGCAAAUGCCGCAACUCGCGAAAUAAAUCCUAUCGUACGUCCGCUAGCUAGAACUGUUAUCCAUGCGAACUGGUCUGGCCAUUCUUAAUCUGCUCUUUAUGACUGGUUUGGCCAUUCUAAACAUCCUAUGACUGGUCAGGUCGGUCUAAACUUCUCUUCUUCUAUGGUCUAGCCUGUUUCACGCUGCUAGUUUAACUUUACUGGCGAUCACUCGACCCUUUAUGAGCUGGCCUACAGGCGGAUGAGUACUCGUCGUAGAUUUGUGAUCUCUGCAGUAAUUCUUUGGCAUCUGAACGUAAGCAGUGGAAUUUAUGCUGAUAAUUCGGUGCCAACAAUUAUUGCGAUGAUUGCAGCUCUGUAUUUUCAUCGUGAGUCUUGGUUUUUUUCCCCGAACGGACGAGCUUGUGGGAAAAUUUUAUGGAAAAUGGUUGAAGAUCAUCUAUGUUGUGUUGCUAGGCUCUGCAGAGCUUGUAUACACAAAGGCCGUGUCUAGAGCUGAUGCACUUCUGAAGCGAUACUAAAUUUUCUUUCUUCUUAUCGAUCGAUUUCCUUAGCACUAAUAAUUUAUAGAAAAAAAGAAUUGUAAUCUAUUAGUCCAUCGUAUUGUAGGUCAAGAACAUAUUAUUAAU